GUAAUUCAGCGCACAAGACACGGAUUGUUAUCCCAACGUUUAUCCUUUCACUUUCAGCUCAGCAAAACAAACUGAGCAAUGGCGGUUCUGAUCCGCUGCUCUUGCUUCCUCGCACGCCCUCGCUUCUCACAACCUCAAUUCUACGCCAACAACCCCAAACCCCUACUCCCAGGAAAACUAGCUUGUCUUUCUCUGAAACCGGACAAGGGUGUUCCACUCUUUAAGGAUACGUUUGAUAGGUCUUCUGAAAUUUCAAGUUUGCUGCACUGCUCAAAGUGUAAGGAAGAUAUGCACCAAAGGUUCCCGUCACUGAUAUUUCUAGCUAGCAAUAUUUUGAUGUUCUCUAUGCCUAAUACAGCUUUGGCUGAAACGUGUGAAGCUGAUAACUCUGUUUUCAAUAUGCCUGUACUGCUGGCAGUAGCUCUCAUUGGAGCCACUGUAGGAGGGUUGCUUGCUCGGCAAAGAAGAAACGAAUUACAGCGGGUAAACGAGCAAUUAAUCCAAAUCAACACAGCUUUAAGGAAGCAAGCAAAAAUUGAGUCGUAUGCCCCUAGCUUGAGUUAUGCUCCCAUUGGUAGUGGUAGGAUACCUGAUAAUGAAAUUAUUGUUGACCCAAAGAAGCAGGAGCUAAUUGCUAAAUUGAAAAAUGGGAAGAACUUUCUAAGGAAUCAACAGCCAGAUAAAGCAUUCACAGAGUUUAAGAAUGCACUUGAGCUUGCCCAAAAUAUGACGGAUUCUAUUGAAGAGAAAAAAGCUGCUAGAGGUCUAGGAGCCUCACUGCAAAGACAGGGGAAGUACCGAGAAGCUAUUAAAUAUCAUUUGAUGGUGCUGGCCAUCUCAGAAAGAGAAGGAGAGGACUCAGGGAAUACAGAAGCUUUUGGGGCAAUUGCUGAUUGCUACACUGAGCUUGGAGAGCUUGAGAAAGCAGGGCAAUUCUAUGACAAGUAUAUUGCAAGAUUGGAAAAGGAUUAAUUGUGACAUGUUUAACAUUUCUUCAAACAAAUAACCAAUGUUGGACUACUAGACUUUCCUCAUUGCUUGUUACCAUCGGAUUUUUCACCUUCUCAUGUGGAACUUCAGAUCAUUCAGUUCCUAUUAAUUUUUUGGCUGCAAAUGCUUAAAUUGAAUUUUAGAGGCUACACAGAAAUCAUGUUUCAAGAUUGUGAAUAUCAGUCCAUGAGGUAGUCAGUAAUGGUGACAUUUAUGUUUAUCGUCA